AUGAAAGAAACACCUCCAGCCACAAAGUAUACCCUCGUAGACAUGCUAGAAACAACAAUCCAACGCUGUAUCAAAUUAAAGCUAGACAUUCGAGAUUCCAGCCACAUUCCAGACAAGGAAGUCGAUCGUAAAGUCUUCAGCAUGACAAGAAUUGUUACCGGAAAGUCGAGGGAGAUGAAGGAAGCUUAUGCAGUCAUGCUUGCAGCACCGCUUUGUAAUUAUUAUGUGGAUGAAUACUUUAAGGAUAUGUUUGAGGAUCUUAUGGUGUUGUUUAAAAGUGAUUUUUAUGAGGAACAUUUGGACUGCUUUAGGAACUUCAACAUCAACAAUUUUGACACGGCUGACGAGGAUUGUACUGAGAUUUUUGGUGAAUUUACUAAGCAUUAUUAUCUUAAUCCAAUUGAUAUAGUCAGGAACUUAAUUGAUAAUCAUAACUAUCCAUACUGCAUUGAGAACAUUGCGAUUAAAAAUGCAAUGUACAACUACAAAGCUGUAAUUUAUGCCAACACUAAUCCUUACGGAUUCCAUCGAAUUGUUAUUAGGAAUGAGUUUGUGGAUAUGAUGAAGAAUAGCAAUCAAGAUGCCCUCGAUUGUAUUUUAAUGGACUUGAACUUGAGCAAAGUUGAGAAAUUAAAUUGGAAAUCUUUAAAUGAAGUCUGA